AUGUUGCUCAGACACUACACGCUCCUGGCCAUUCUCGUGUCUCUCACAGGUGCUAAUGCACUCUCAAUAGCUAUUCGAAUACCUUCUGUUCUCUCAAAAGGCGGCGGAGGUGGACAUGGGGGUGGGGGUGGACACGGCUCGUCGGGAGGACAUGGUUCGUCGGGAGGCCAUGGCAGUGGCAGCGGAGGAAGUCACAGUUCAGGAUCAGGAUCCAGCGGUGGUGGAAGUCAUGGAUCCACUGGUAGCAGUGGCUCCUCUGGCUCGCAUCCAUCCCCGGGCCCGAAUGCUCACACGGGACGAGGGUCCAGCGGGGAUACAGGUCACCCUGCCGUUUCAUUUGCUGCGAGCGGAGGUAAUGGAAGAUUUGCAAACUACUUCUCGUACGGCGGUGGCAAGUCUUUUACCCUCCCGUCGUCUUCCGCCUUUGCUGGACGCAAGAUGGGAGGCGGAACACGAAAGGAUAUCGUAGGAACCCCGAGAUAUGCCAGUGGAUACCCAUACUCUGCCAACACAGCAGAGUACGAUACCACUCGUCGCGGUGUCUACGGUCAGCCGUUCCCAUUUGGAUUCUACCCGAUCUAUUGGGGCUAUCACGGAUACGGUGGUGAAUACGCUGGAGGAGAGGGAUAUCAUGUACACUACAAUGCCUCGGUGACCGCGGAACGACCGGGUGGCAACUUGUCCUACGUCCAACUCGCACCAAAGAACGGAUCAACCUACGCCACAACGUCAUUAAACGACUCAUACUGGAUGAUUGGAGACUAUGAGUCGGUCAGCACAAUUCUCAGUCUGCUCGUCGAUCCCUCGACGAAUCUCUACGGAUGCGGUGCAGAGAACAGCACUAUUCACCCUUUUGUUACUGUCCGUGAAGACGGUGGACCACUCCAAUACAAUAUCUCUGUCUCUUCAAACGGCAUCUCCAUCACUAACAACACCAAUACGACCCUUGGUUCUCUCACCUCUACAAACUCGACACUCAUUAAUAAUGGCACAACGCUUCCCUUCCGAUUUGAAAAUGUUAUCCAAUGGUACCGCGCAAGCUCGUUUGCGCUUGCAUAUCAAGGCUACAACAACACGUAUGCAUUCCCACCUUUGAACGAGACGACAUCUCCCUCCGACUGGGCAUCCUCAACGCCUCUCCCAAGCGCACUCACGCAGUCGUGGUUCUUGCACUGCGUGAACCUGACAAUCACCUCUGCGCUCCCAAUCCUCGAUGCCAAAUACGAAUACGAUCACAAACUAACCACCGGCGCGGUGGUGGGCAUCGUCCUUGGCUCCCUCUUGAGCGCGGUAAUCCUCGGAGCAACCGCCCUUGUGUGGUGGAAAGAUCGUCAGAAGGAGAAGAAGGAGAAAGAGUACAAGGCUGUGGAAACGGGAGAUGAAAAUAAGUUGAGCGAUGGUCCAGUUGUGCACGAGAGCGAGCGAACAAUCGUCGAAGACGAGAUGCCAACCACGUAUUCUAACAAGCCACUGGUUCAAGAUGCAAGUGAAAAGAGGUAG